GUAGUAUGUUAUCAGCCGUUGGUUGAAAGUAGUUUAGUGAGCUGGGGGGGAAGUAUUUUUCUUCUGUUUUAUCUUAACAAAUGAAUAACAUGACUUGACAGCUUUAAAUUAUAGACGAGUUUGUUAUGUUAGACGUGCUUCAAUAUUAUUUCAACCUAUUUUGUUCUUUCGUGUUCAGUUAACUUCGAGCAACCGAAGACAACGGCUUUGGUUUACACCCCAGCCAAGUUUGGACAAAAUUGUGAACUCUCGGCUAGCAUCAAAGGAUUUCCCCUUGGUUUUUACAACUAGUAAACUACAAAGUGUGCGUAUGUUGGCGGUAGGUCAGCGGCCUGAAAUGAAUGACAGCAUGAACUACCAACAAGGCCUUAUUACUGAGGACCACUGUCCUUUGACUGUGCCCGUCCGGUUUCAGCCUCUUACAGAUACCUAUCUAGUGGAUCCCAGACCGUUUGCAAGGGGUAAAUUUGCAACUGUACGUCGUUGUAAACACAAGGAAACGGGAGUGGACUAUGCAGCAAAGUGUAUCCGGAAACGUCGUCGUGCGGCGGAUGUACGUCACGAAAUAAUGCACGAGAUAUUUAUUUUGAAACUAAGUGAGAACUCCCCUCGUAUUAUUCGUCUUUACGAAGUCUACGAAACGUCAACGGAAGUCAUACUGGUUUUGGAAAUGGCAGCAGGGGGCGAACUUCAGCGUGUUUUGGAAGACCACGAGGAGAUAUCGGAAAAGGAAGCAGCUCGUAUCAUGCGCCAGAUUCUAGAGGGCGUAGCUUUUUUGCAUGAGCGCAACAUUGCGCACUUAGAUAUCAAGCCACAAAACUUGUUGCUUACCAAUACAUUUCCAACGUGUGAUAUAAAAUUGUGUGACUUUGGAAUUUCUCGCCUGAUUUCAAAAGGAAUUGAACUUAGAGAGAUUCUUGGGACACCUGACUAUGUUUCACCAGAAAUACUUCAUUAUGAACCAAUUUCGUUAGCCACAGAUAUGUGGAGCAUAGGUGUCCUUGCCUAUGUUCUUCUUUCAGGUCAUACCCCUUUUGGUGGAGAGACUAAGCAAGAGACUUUUUGGAAUGUUACCAGUGGUACACUAGAGUUUCCAGAAGAUUUAUUUGGGGGGGUGUCAAAAGAUGCUAAAGAUUUCAUUCAGAGUUUACUGAUCAUGGAACCAAAUGAGAGGAUGACAGCCAAAGAGUGUCUUCAUCAUUCCUGGAUCAAAUCCUUUUGUGACAAGGAAGAUCCUCAGAGAGACAUACCAAAUAUAAGAUUGUCCACCACGAAUGAGUUCAAUGCCGAGGUCUCCGUUGUCUCGGUAGAAGUAGCCGAAGAACUUACCAGUAGUCCAGAAGUUAUCCCACUCUUGCAACAGUCUGUAGAGGCUGUAUCUGUAGACGUUGUAGAUGGGACGUUUCAGUGCCAGACACAGUUGCUUCCAGUGGAUCACCACCAGUGUAAUGGAACCAUAAAGAAAGAAGUGAAAUCAUCUUCUGAUAAAUCUCGUACGUCUUUUGCUAGCUUAACUCCCACAAGUAGUAGUACAGUUGUCUCUGAGAUGAAGGUUGACUAUGAAUCACUAAAUUUGGGUAAAUCUAUCAUUUUUGGAGAUGAAAGGAUGAAUGUUGUGUACUGAAAUGUUUAUUUUCAACUUUGAGGUUAUCAUGAUUGUAUUACACUUGUUUAAAAAGAUUGGCCACCUUCCAGUUUUGUUGGUUUUGGCAGUUAGUGAUUAGUUCUUUACCUGAUGGAAAAACUACUGCAAAUGAAAGUGCUAGUAUGAUUGAGGUAGAUGUUUUUGUUUCUGGGUGCUAGCAUGAUUGAGGUAGAUGUUUUGUUUCUGGGUGCUAGUAUGAUUGAGGUAGAUAUUUUUUGGGUUUUUUUCUGGGUGCUAGCAUGAUUGAGGUAAGAUUUCUUUUUUUCUGGGUGCUAGCACGAAUCAGUAGAUUGAGAUUUGUAUAUGCUUUUAUGAUUGAAACAGUUUUCGAGGUGGUGAUAUAACUGAAGAAAGAGAAUUUAGUCAUAUAUUUUAGCAUAAUGUUGGCUGGUGAUAGUCAUAAAUGUAACCAGCUUGUCUUGUCAUCAUAUUUGAGCUGGGUCUUGAAGAAAAUAUGACAAGAAAUGCUGUUGAACUUUUCACGUGUGUGUGUGUGUGUGUGUGUAAAACAAUUAAGGGACCAAUGUCUUCGUAUAAAAAAAAAACAUGAACAAACUAGAUAAUAUCAUUUAAGUUACAUCUGAAUGAUAUUAUAUUAUGAUUAUAAGUUGUUUUUUAACAAAGUAUAUCCAUUUUCAAUAGAUAUUUAAUAUCCUUUGAGCAGCCAAGCAAAUUACUUUAAAUGUUAAUAUUUUGUAAUACAUGUUUAUUCUUGUCUUCCUUUGCAUUCAUCAAGCACAAAGUUCUGCCAGACACGUGUAUUUAGUUUUAGUGUAAAUAUUUUGUAAAUAAUAUUAGUAGAAGUCUUCUCGAGUAAUAAUAAAUGUAACGUAAUGAGAGCAAGAAUGGUCCCUGUCCGUUUGCUACUUUACUGAAAUAUGUAUUAUCUAAAGUAGCGUUUAUAACGUAUUGUAGCCUUAUAUUUAUCAAUUUAUAAAGUGUAAAAAAAAACAAAAACAAUGUCUGAAGCAGUUUAUUUAUUUUAGAUAACACUCUCUGAUUUGUUUGUGUUGUAAUCAUUUGAUUUUGUAGUUGCACACUUUGUAUAAAGUACAUUUGUAAGUACUCCGUGUUUUCACAAAUAAAAGAUUCUGGGUUGAAGAUUUUCA